AUGGAAGUCUCUGACCAAAUGUUUUCUUUAAGUCAAUCAAACAUUUGUCGACUCUGUGGACUAAGCAACACCUCAGGGUUCCUGAUAUACCAAAAAGUAGAUGCUGCUGAAUUGACUAUUGCGGAUUUAAUUAACCGCUAUUUGCCUAUUCAAGUUUCAGAUGAUGACGAAUACCCAAGAACUAUAUGUUCAAACUGUAAAUGUCAGUUGGAUAUGUUGGUGAAAUUUAUUGAUGAUUUGUUAGAUGGUCAAAUGUUUCUCAAAAAUGUUUAUAAAAUGUACAAGUCUAAACAGCUUUCUUCAGCAGAAUAUAUACCUCUGGUUGAUGAAAGAACUACUAAUUUCAAGAAUAAUAUAAACACUAAAAGUAAUGAUGUGGAAUUUGUAUGUGAGACUUGUGGCUUAACAUUAGCUGACAAAAAUGGCUUAAAGGCACAUUUGAAAAAUCAACAUGAAGAACAACCAAGCCAGAGUGGUACUUCAACAAUUAAAGUUGCUGAAAGAUUUUCAUGUGAACAUUGCAAGAAAACAUUUGCCCAAAAAAAUGGGCUUAAUACUCAUUUAAAAACACAUAAAGGUGAUAAAAAGUAUGUAUGUCAAGUAUGUAAGAAAAGCUAUUAUCAAAAUGGUAACCUACAAGAACACAUGCGCAUACAUACUGGAGAAAAACCUUUCAUUUGCGAAUAUUGUACAGUAUCAUUUAGAACAUCAUCUCAGUUGAAAACUCACAUUCGAUGUCAUAGUGGUGCUAAACCUUACAAGUGUUCAGUGUGUGAACGAUCAUUCCCACAUAAUAAUACUUUGAAAAUUCAUUUAAGGCGUCAUUUCAAUGAUCGACAGUACAACUGUGAAUAUUGUCCAAAACAAUUUUUUGACCAUACAUCGCUGGUCAGACAUUCUCGUACACAUACAGGUGAAAAACCUUAUUACUGUGAUGUAUGUAACAAGGAUUUUGCAACAGUCACAAAUUUUAACAAACAUAGAAAAGUACAUAUGAAAGAUAAAAAUUCUACAGUAUGGGAGCUGACUACCAAAUUCCAAAAAGGCAGUUCAGAAAUUGAUUAUAUAAAUGCUACAAUAAUUAACGAUAAUGAUUUACAGCAAUGUGAUAGACAGAGGAUGUAUUUUAAUUUCCAAUCAAGUCAAGGAUCUCAACUCUGA